AUGGUCAAGAUUGCCAUCGCCGGCGGUUCUGGCAAUGUUGCCCAGGAGAUAAUUGACGUACUUGUUGCCACCAAGAAGCACGAAAUUCUGCUUCUGUCCCGAAACGAUGCGCCCGCUGGAUGGUCCGUCUCCGGCGUACGCUGGGUCCGCACGACCUACGAGGACACUCAGGACCUGGCAGAAAUCCUGCAAGGGGUACACACCGUGCUCUCGUUCAUUGUUGUGCACUCGGACGUUGGAAACGUGUCUCAGCGAAACCUGAUCGAUGCAGCCGUCCAGGCGGGCGUGAAGCGCUUCGCGCCAAGCGAAUGGGCAUCGUCCUCCUUCGAGUACAUGGACUGGUACGCUGGCAAAGCUGAGAUUCGUGAAUAUCUAAAGCAGUUGAACAAGCAUAAAAAGGUCAUCGAGUAUUCGCUAUUUCAGCCCGGAUUGUUUGUGAACUACUUCACCUACCCUUACCAGUCGGCCAACCACGUUGUGCCCAUCGAAACGCCUAUUGACUUCAACAACCGCCGAGCCCUGGCGAUAGACGGCGCCGAGGAUUCCCGCCUCACGCUUACGACGGCCCAGGAUCUCGCUCAAGUCGUGGCGCGGGCAGUUGAGUAUGGCGGAGAAUGGCCGGUUAUAGGUGGUGUGCAGGGCACGGAACUCACCGUCGGGCAACUCAUCACCCUGGGCGGCAAGAUCCGCGGCAAAGACUUCAAGGUAGAAAGGCUUCAGGCUGCGGACCUCAAAGCUGGCGAGCUAAAGUCCUCGUGGAAGCCGACCGCUGGCCAUCCGGCCUUUACCCCAGAGCAGUUUGAGGCCAUCUCGACGAAGCUCAUGGCAGGGAUCCUGCUGGGAAUAUCUGCUGGAGCUUUGCGCGUCUCGGAUGAGUGGAAUCGCCUACUGCCUGAUUACCGAUUCACUCAGGCAGAUGAAUUUUUGACCGAGGCAUGGUGCGAUAAGCCGUAG